AUGGCCUGUCCACCGCCCCAACUCCGCCAGCGAGCGAGACAUCGAUUCUUUCCCCCCACCCACCGCCCCCGAAAUGGCGAUGGCUUCGAGCCCAAGUGCAUGGUCGAGUUCUCUCGAAAUACCAAACAUGUCCUGCAAAACUAUCGUCCUUUGACGCCCCAACCCGUAUACGGCACGCUCGGGUUGACCUCGAUCGAUGGCGACGUCUUCCUCUGCCGCAUCGCAUCCGUCGAUUUCUAUUGCCUCAACACGUCCGAGUAUGACAACAUCUACUCUCUCGAUGUCUACGAUCCCGAGCUCUUAGACUCGGCGUCCGCCUAUGGACAGAACCUUGGCCGGAGGGACAUGCCGAUAGAGCAGCAUCCUUGUCAGGAGCUUCGGAAGCUGUUGAGCAAUGGAACCUUCUAUUAUAGCACAGAUUUCGACCUGACUAGUAGGCUUCAAAAUAGGCCAGCUAGUGCAACGUUUGACAUUGACAAUUUUGACGAGUCCUUUCUCUGGAACUCGUUCAUGAUCAGCCCUCUUGUGAAGUUUAGGGCCAGGUUGAUGCCUCCCGAGAGAGACGCACUCGACCACUCGAGGAUUUUGACCUCCGCCAUCCGUGGAUUCUGCGGGACCAUGACCAUCCCCCAGUCCGCCGCGCCUGUCGCCCCCAAGUCGUCACGACUACCCUCAUUCCUUUCCGUCAUUUCAAGACUUUCGUGCAAGCGCGCAGGCACACGUUUUAACUCGCGUGGUAUCGAUGAUGACGGCAACGUUGCCAACUUUGUCGAAUCCGAGACGACCUACUGGAGCCCCGCCGGCAUCGUCUUCUCCUACGUACAAGUUCGAGGCUCGGUGCCGGUGUUCUGGGAGCAGGCACCAGAUCUCAUCCCUGGGAGGCAAAAGAUUACCGUUACCCGUUCGCCCGACGGGACGCAGCCUGCCUUCGAUAAGCAUUUUGCGGGCUUGGAAGAAGUGUACGGCGCCGUUCACAUCAUCAACCUGCUGAGCGACGCGAAGCCGGGAGAGGCCGAGUUGACACAACUCUAUCGUCAUGGGGCUGCGCACUGCCCGCUUGGCCGCUCCGGGGACAAGGCAUCCCAGGACCACGCCUUGCUCAAGUCGAGCGAGUACGAUUUCCACGCGGAGACGAAAGCGAGUGGUUAUGAGGCGGCCAAAGGUAUCAGAAGGUACAUCGAGAACUCGAUUGAUGCGUUUGCCUACUACCUCGCCCACGAAAGCGAGGAAGGGCCCGACGAUGUGAGCACCCUAAACGAUAAAGAGAGCCGGCUCGUCGUCGUGCUUCAGCAAGAAGGCGUUUUUCGCACCAACUGUCUCGACUGCCUGGACCGAACCAAUCUCAUCCAGACAAUCAUCUCGCAGAUGGCUGUAGAAACAUUCCUCGUCCACCGCGGGGAAUAUGCGGCCUCGGACUUUUGGAUGCGCCACUCUAGCCUCUGGGCAGACAAUGGCGACGCGCUGUCCAAAAUCUAUGCGGGCACCGGGGCGCUCAAGACAUCCUUUACCAGACACGGCAAGAUGUCUCUCUCGGGGGCCAUGGCUGAUUUUCGAAAGUCGGCGCAGCGCCUCUACCACAACAACUUCACUGACCCUUCGAGGCAAUUGACGAUCGAUAUGCUGCUGGGAAGGCUCAUGGGCCAGAAGCCGGUGCAGCUAUUUGACCCCGUUAGCGAUUACGUCGCUGCCGAGCUGGCGAAGAGGGUCGCAGAGUAUUCCUCAAACAAAUCCAUUACAAUGCUCAUUGGCACAUUCAAUCUGAACGGCAAGACUCACGGCAUCGACCAGGACCUCUCUCGGUGGCUUUGGCCCCCGGCCGUCGAUGCCAUACUCCCUGAGAUUGUGGCGAUUGGCUUCCAGGAGAUCGUGGAGCUAAGUCCACAGCAAAUCAUGAAUAGCGAUCCGUCGAGGAAACACCUCUGGGAGCAAGCUGUUCGCAAAGCCCUCAACGCGCGGGCGAAGCCGGCCGGGGAAAAGUACAUCCUACUCCGUAGCGGCCAGCUUGUUGGAGCAGCCCUGUGUCUCUUUGUCAAGUCGUCGGCCCUGGGCCACAUCAAGAACGUGGAGGGUAGUGUCAAGAAAACGGGCAUGUCGGGAAUGGCGGGCAACAAGGGUGCAGUAGCCAUUCGAUUAGACUACGCCAACACUCCAAUCUGCUUCGUCACGGCCCAUCUGGCAGCAGGGUUCGCCAACUAUGACGAGAGGAACAGAGACUUCGCAACAAUCCAUCACGGGCUCCGGUUCCAGAGGAAUCGGGGCAUAGAUGAUCAUGACUCGGUUAUCUGGUUUGGUGAUUUUAACUACCGCAUUGGACUUGAUCGGCCAACCACUCUCAACUAUAUCCAGCGGGGCGAUCUCGCUACCCUUUACGACAACGAUCAGCUUAACCUGCAAAUGGUCGCGGGGCUCUCGUUUCCGUAUUACUCGGAGAGUAAAAUUACCUUUGCGCCAACCUACAAGUUCGAUUUAGGGACUGACGAAUACGAUAGCUCUGAGAAGGCCAGAAUUCCGGCUUGGACCGACCGUAUCCUACGCAGAGGCAAAAACCUCAAGCAGGUGGCUUAUGACUCGGCGCCGCUGCGGUUUUCGGACCAUAGACCCGUGUAUGCCGUGUUUCACUGCGUGGUGAGCCUCGUGGACGAGGCGUUGCGGCAAUCAAUUAGCGAGGAGCUGUACAAGAGACGUGUGCGCGAGGUCGGAGAGGCGGCCACAAAUAUGGACGAGGAUAGCGAGGAGGACGAAGAUCUCAUCGGGUACGACGCCAUCGAGCCGGGGCUCCCGGCUGCCAGUUCAGACCGGCAAAAGUGGUGGUUAGCUAAUGGGCAGUCGGCUCGAGUCAACCUACCGCCGCCACAAGGGGGCGCGGGGUCUAACGGGUCGGCAACGGUCAUCCUCAACCCCAACAGACCGGGCAACCCUUUUACCCCGUCGGAGGAGCCAGACUGGGUAUCUAUCCCGCGGUCUUGGGUCCGCGGCCCCACGACCAAUUCAGAAGACAAGGACAACUGCGCCGCCCCCUCCGCCACCACCGAGAGGAGGAUCCUCCACACAUACUCAGGUGGCGGCGCCGACGUCAUCUCCAACCCUCACACCAGCAAAGAGUUGUCCAAAACAGUAGGGCCGCCGCCCGUCGCGAAGAAACCGCAGUAUCUUGCAGCUGCGUCCCCUACGCCGACUACAGGCGAGGAGAAGGAGCGCAAGCCUCCGCCCCCGCCCGGAGCUCAACGGAUGUCGGCCUGA